AUGGCUGCGCUUCCCGCCUGGAAUCUCCUCAAAGGCAAAACUGCCGCAAUAACCGGCGGCACUACUGGUAUUGGUCGUGCGAUUGUUUUGGCAUUUAUCACACAAGGUUGCAAUGUCGCUGUGAACCAUCUGGGUAUGCCUCAAGAUGAAAAGCAUCGACAUAGUCUCCUGGAAGAGAUCAAGGCAAUCAAAAACACGGGUAUCAAGGCGGGUGACAUCCUAGAGCUAGCCGGCGACGUCACAAAUCCUGAGACUAGCUGCAACCUCGUCAAAGAGGCUGUAUCCCACUGGGGCAAAUUGGAUAUCUUUGUUGCCAAUGCUGGCGUAUUCAAACAAGCAGAGUUUCUCAAAAUUGAACCGGCUCUUCUUGAUCAUAGUGUUGACGUAAACAUCAAAGGCACCUUCUAUUCCUGCCAAGCUGCCGCUCAACAGAUGGUGAAUCAAGGGCACGGAGGUUCGAUCAUCGGCAUUUCUUCUGUUAGCGCUCUACUCGGUGGCGGCUUUCAAACCCACUAUACUCCCACAAAGGCCGCAAUUCUUUCUAUGAUGCAGUCUAUGGCUAUUGCCCUUGGAAAGGACAAAAUCAGAUGCAAUGCAUUGAUGCCGGGGACGAUCGCCACUCAAUUGGCUGAUCAUGACAUGAAGAAUCCUACGAAAAAGGCCGCUCUUGAGGAACGCAUACCCCUCGGUCGCAUCGGCGACCCGGAAGACAUGGCGGGCCCUGCGGUCUUCUUAGCCUGCGAGGAGAUGAGUCGCUAUGUGAACGCGACAGGACUGUUGGCUGAUGGUGGCAUGUACAGCAAAUUGCAAUAA